AUGAGUGUGGCAGAAGCAGGCUAUCAGGAGGAAGGUCUUUGGUGCUGGAAUUUCGCUUCAAUUGUCGGGGAAUUGGGCGAAGUGGAUAAUCAGAUUUUGGAGCAGUUUGUUGAACAAUUAUCGGAUGUUGUUCCAGCGGCGGAAGGUGAUGACGUUUUCAAUUUGAUUAAAGAGAACGACGAGGUUUUUUCCGUUAAUUCUUGUUAUAAAGUUUUCGCCAAUAGAGAUUCUAUUGAGUGGAUUUCGUUAAACAUGAAAGCGGCGUUGACUCAAUUAUGGAAAGUGAGAGUUUCGUCUAAUAUUCUCAUGUUCGGUUGGAGGUUUGUUCUUAAUAGGCUUCCAACUAGAGACAAUUUACUAGUUAGAGGAAUUGAGCUAGCGGAAACAGAGACGUAUUGUGUGCUUUGUGAAGCAGCUUUCGUUGACCGAUUUGAUGGAUUUUCCGAACAGUUUUCAAAAGCUGAAGAAGAAGGAUGUUUAUGA